AUGACUGAGCAAAAUAGUCGGGAAAAUAUUCCCGGUAGCACAGAAAUGGCAUCUUCUUUACGCAAUGACACCCCAUCAGAUUCAUAUUCAAAUGCUGGAUCACUUGACUCAGAUGAAGAAGUUGUUAAUAAUGAGAACGACACACAACAGUAUACAGCUGUUCCUAUUACAGGAACGCUUUCUCGAAGAAUUCUCACCAGAACGUCUACAAUUGUUGAUGGUAUCCGUGAUGAUAAUAACUAUGCCUCACAUCGAGAAAGUAUGGUUGUUCCUCCUGCGCCCUUUGGUUCUACAAAUCCCGAGGAAGACCAUUUAUCCAGAAAGCUCUCACUUGGUGGGACUAAGAAAGAGCAUUUAACGAAGGAGGAUACUGAUGCUUUAGAUAGUUAUGAUGGUGAAUUCAACAAGCAGGAUAUGAUAGACAGACCACCUGAUGGUACCUUCUGGGGUUGGCUUUCUGCCGUUUGCGUGUGUUUUAUAAACACUUUUUCAUGGGGAACGAAUUCGUCAUUUGGUGUCUUCUUGAAUUACUACCUGAAAACGAAUCACUUCGAAGGUGCUACAAUGGAGGAUUUUGCCUUGAUCGGAGGUUUGAACUUGGGUCUCAGUUUUAUGCUUUGUAACAUAGCAAAUUCGCUUGUCCGCCGGUUUUAUUAUAAAUCGGUGAUGGUGGUAGGUAUUAUUCUUCUUGUUAUCUGCUAUCUUUGUGCAGCCGAAGCUAAGACAAUCCUUCAGCUUAUCAUGCUUCAAGGUCUUCUUCUUUCUAUUGCUUAUGCUUUUGCCGCUGGUCCGUGUUUUGUCAUUAUUCCAACGUGGUUUCUUAAAAGAAGAUCAAUUGCCAACGGUAUUGCUACCAGUGGUGCAGGUCUAGCUGGAAUUGUGUUUAGCAGGCCAACACAAGCAUUGAUAAAUAAAACCGGUAGUUACAAAUGGGCUCUACGUAUGAUUGGAAUUGUUUGUGGUGUCAUGCUCUCUAUAAGUACUAUGCUUAUUAGAUGUAGGCGUUCUCUUAUUGUUAAAGCUGACAAGCCUUUCUGGAAAGAGUUGCUGGGUAACUUUACUCGCUGGGAUGUUUAUCGUCAAAAGCCUGUGCUCUGCCUUGUUUCCUGGAACUUUCUGUAUGGCAUCUCAUAUACUAUUCUUUUAUUUUCCAUGUCUUCUUAUGCGACAGAUAUUGGUCUUACAUAUGAGCAGGGUUCUAUGGUGACCACUGUUCAAAGUAUCGCUCAGUUUAUAGGAAGACCGCUUCUAGGGGUUGUAUCCGAUUACUUUGGUAAAGUCAAUGUCACCAUUAUUAUCACUGUACUUUUAGGAGUACUUUCAAUGGUGUACUGGAUUUUUGUUCAUUCAUAUGCCUCGCUUAUUGUGUUCGCAUUUAUCAGCGGAAUUAUGGUGGGCGUUAAUUGGGUCAAUUUUACACCUCUCUGUGCUGAUGUUGUUGGAGGAGGUGAUGAUUUACUUGCUGCAGUCUCAUUUCUCUGCUUAAUUGGUGGACCUCCAAUGAUUGUGGCCGAAAUCAUUGGUUUGAAACUUAGAAGGGAUGGAAGCAGCAAACCUUUCCUCUACUGUCAAAUUCUGGUUGGUGUUGCAGCUCUUGUGAGUGCCGCUUUUUUAAUGAUAUUCAGAGAGUGGAAGAUCUAUCGGAUGUUGGAUGCCAGGCGGACUUUGAUUCAAAAGAAAUUAGAGGAUAAGCGUGAUGUUGAUGAUAUCGCCAGGUUGUCACGAUAUGACUUUUUGUUACGUAAAAGUGUAAUUAGCUAUUUUACUAGGAUGUUUUAUCCAAUCAAGGCUUAA